AUGGACGAGCCUAUGGAACAAAUGAAGCCCCUCUUGAGAACAGUGAGUAAACCGCCCAUGACAGUUAACCGCUGGCCAACCGUCAUGUUUAGGGCUCUUUGUCCGCCGUUGCCCCCUUGUUUGCCAAGCAGCCGUGGAAGGACGAGGGAUGCUUGGGAGUCAGCCUCACUGAGAGGCUCCCUCCUCCAUACGGCUGCUAUUGUUAGCCGGCUUUCUACUUUCUGACACGUGGCACGGAUACAAGUUUUUACAGGGCUCAUUUUAAACUAACCGAAGGCAGCUGUCCAAUAUAGACUCUUAAAAUUAUACUUUUCCUGCGCGUUUUUAGGAGUUUAGUCGCUUGACGUUUGUUUUCAGAUAGUACUUGCUAACGUAAAUGAGUAAGCCAGGCGCGAGCCGAGUCAAGCCAGUUCAGUGACGUUAUUAAUGUUAUUAAGUGUAAUUAAAUUAAAAGAUGUCCCGUUAGCCUAAAAGUCCUGACAUAAGAGUUUAAAGUGAACUAAAACUUGAGGUUAACUGUGUCUAAAAGUGUGCAGUUUUGCUCGAAUGGGUCGGAGAAGUGUUCAUGGUGGCUGGAAAUAAAACACUUUAGAGCUCUGCGCCCAAGUAGCCUACUUUUUUUCCGUCACGUUCAACAGGUCCACUCGUCCCUUUCUCUUCAAAACGUCAUGUUGAUAAAAUCUACGGGUGCAUUUAAAGAAAUAAAGAGCUGAUUUGCAUAUCAAAUGCGCUCAAAAUAGACCGGCUUUCUUGUGUGACAUUUCCAAGUCAGGAAGUGCUGCUAAUUUUACUGUGAAAGCUUGUGCAGCUGGAGGGGGAAAUAGACAUGGAACUGCAGGAGAUAUCAUUUUGUACCAAAGCAGGAUACAUCCAUUUUUCUUUAUGUAAUGUGAUGGUUUUAUUGAAUUAUGAAAGACCUACAUCCUGUUUGUAAGUUUCCAGUCACAGAUGAGGUGAUGCAUUGAACACACAAGCCUCCGAUUGAAGCUGGUGUCAGUGCUAAGUUUAGAUUGUAUAUAGACAGGCCAGACAUCAGUGCUGGUUUAUGGUUUGCCACUUCUCUCUUGGUGGGUGCUGAGUUGUGUGUGCAUGCAAGGACAUGUGCAUGCAUUUAAGGGAACAUGACCCCUCUGCUGCCCAAUGAAAAGCUGGAUAGACAACUUCUUCCCUAUGCAUUCACUCUGACACAGGACCAUUUAUGAAGAAGACCAGCAGCUUGUUGCCUAUUAAGGGAGGAAUGAUUUAUUAACCCAUGAAAAUGCAUCUCAAAGAAUAAGCUGUUGUGAACUUUGAGUUGGGCAUUAUCUUGUAUGUGCAUGUUAAAAAGAAACAUGAAUUUAGUCUCAGCAAGACAGUCUUUGUUUCUUUUUGCUUGCUGGUUGACCAGUGCUACAGUCAGGAGUCAUAUGAGAGCCACUUUGAGAAGUGAAAUAUUGCUGUCACCAAUCUGGAAAUAGGUUUUUGAGUCAUGACAACAUCAGGCAUUUUCUAGAUAUCAUUAAGUUGUACUUCUGCUACUUCAAUGCCACUGAUGAGAAUUCCAGGCCAUGUUUGUGCCCUUAAUAGAGGGCUACUACAGUCUAGUUUGAGCCAACAUACAAGAUAAUUUGAUUGAGCGACUUCUUCUACAGCAAUAUAUUGCAUAUCCAAGUCUGAAUCAAUAUUAUAACGAUUGCUGCUAAUGUCCUACUCUGACCAAAGCUGUGGUUUCAAACACAAACUGUGAUGACUGUAGCAGGCACAGAUUGGUACAGUUCCACCCAGAAGCCAUUUUUAUGACCUAGUAACCUAAAUAAUUUGUUUAAAAAAUGAGCCAAACAAAUGAGAUAAUACAUUACUGCAGUAAGGCUUCAAUCCAUGGACUUUUAAAGAGUGUGAAAUAAGUACAGACCACUAGGUUUACCUUAAAGGAUCCCCCUUUCUCUUUGUAUUCGAAAUCUGUCAUAAUAUGGUAUUAUUUUUGUCACUGGCAGCCUGAACAGUGUUUAUCUACUGUGCUAACUUUACACUGCAGCAUUACCUUUGAUUGAUUUUAUUUCAGGUGUUUGCCCGCUUGCCAGGAGAUCAGGGAUUUGUGCUUCCUGCUGUUUCAUUAGUGAGAGAAGGGUUAAGUCUAGCCGAUGUAGGCUCUAUGACCUGCACUAUUAUUGACUCAGCACUUACUCCCUAGGCUAGUUGAGUUUUUUAUGAAGCCCGCUCGCCGUAGGACCUUGCAAUGUAUCAGUAAUUACACUAAAUGAGAGUCAUGCAAGUAAAAUAGCGCACUGUACUUUUCAGCUGUGGUAUUGUAAUGCGAUAUAAGAUAAUGAAUUCUGAGUGUACGCAGCCAUGACCCCAAUGGUGUACACAACAGAGUGCCUUCUGUUCCUUCUGUAAUACUUAAAUGUACUUUUAUAAAGAGGGGAGAUUAAAAUGUUCUCAGGCCGGAGAUUUGACCUGCUUUUGACAGCGUAUUUACCUGUAAUAUGUACCUUUUUGGGCUAUUUUGACUCACAAGACAAUCCUUUAUUUUGUAGUUGUAGUCUUAGUUCGAAUUCAAAAUAUCUAAAUUAAUCUGGAUCAGUGGAAUGAUGCUGGCCUCGAGCUACAGUCUUCAUUAUAUGUGUGUUCGUUACUGUGACUGUGAAGGUAGGCAGAGUAGUAUAACAUUUCUUAAGCUACCCACAUUUUAACAAUAGUCUGGACAUUUCUAGCAGCAAAAUUUGAGCGUAUGCCCUCUUUUCAAGUCUUUAGAUCAAUGCUUUAAGCUCUCUGAGCUCUGCGGACAGACUAAACCACAUCUUGAUGCUUGUAUGUAGACAGAACAGUGCCCUGAAGGUUGUUGUCAUUAUGUAAAGACAGAGUGCAAACCAGAGGACUCCAAAGAUUGUAGUCAUCUAAAUUGGAUUAUGCCUUUGCCACUGUGUGUAGAGAGGACUUAACAGGCCAUCCAAUUAAAGGAAAACUUAUAAAACGCUUCAAUCUCAUUAUGCUGCUUGGUCUGGUCUGAGUCCCAAAUGGUUAUGUAUGAUGUGAGGUUGGUUUUAUGUUGGGUGCCGCUGGUAUAAACUUAGAUGGAUAAUGGCUAUGAGACUUUGUUCCCUAAGCCUCUUGGCUUUUGUUUGAGCACUGAACAGCGUAUGUGCAACCCUGUGCCAGGCCUGCCUCACCGUAUAAGGGGAGGCAAUUACAUUAGAAUUUAAAAAGGAGGGAAAAAAAGAAAAGAAAAGUGAAAUAGGGGUGCAAUUAAAAAGUGCUAUACACAGAAUUGAUCAAGCUAUAACGUCAGCCUUUCAUUCUCUUGACACUCUCUCCUCCACUAGGAGAAAGUGCAGGUGCCCCUGUUUGCAUGACUGUCACUAGGUAUUAACACAUUGUUGCUCAAACAUAAAGUUUGGUUCUAUCAUCUUAGGCUUUGAAAAACUUAAAAAUAGGUCCCGACCGAUUUAUCGGUGAGCCGAUUAAAUUGGCCAAUUUUAGCCCGUUUGAGACUAAUCAGUAAUCGGCCGAAACUCGCCGAUUGUUGCCGAUAUUUUCAGAAACAAAAUGCAGAGAAUAAGAUUCGGUUUCACUUAAAAAAUGUUCCACCAGUAGAAAAGUUCCCCGACUUAUCCUGUAGAUGGCACAGCGACCUCAUGACAGUCUUCAUCCACUAAAUACCUCACAGCACAGCAGAGUGACAAAUCUGAAGAAGGCAGCUCAGGGACGCACGGAGGAGAGUGGUCCGCCUCAACGGUGAAUAAACCAGUUUGUGAAAUACACAAUAAGUCAACAAGCUUCGGUUCAACCCACUUCACGAUGUUCCCCGCUGGUCUCAGUCACGCCAAGUUAACAGUGAAGCACCGUGUAAUAUGCAAGCUAAAGUUAGAGUUAGCCACCUGCUAUUAGCCUUGCUACACUGUUAGCCGUGCCAGGAAUGGUAGAAUAAACAACAGUAAACAUUGCGUGAUCGAGCUACUUCUCUUACUGAGGCAGCUGCAUGUCUCCAGAUGAGACCGGAAAUGAGUAACGUGAGUUAAGACGCAGAGGCACCGAUCAGCAGGGGGGUAGUUUAACACGCUAUUCUCGUCCGAUUUUUAUUCAUGAUAAAUACGGGGACCAUUACUGAGAUUAAUGUUACUGAGAAGUGUUUGAAAAGCUCAAAAGCAGCCAGUUAUUAAAAGUAAAUAUGUAGCUAUAUAACUAAUAUUAAAAAAAUUAUAAAACUUUAAAAAAUGUAAAAAAUGUUCUGAUUAAUCGGUAAUUGGACACCCCCCCCCCCCCCCCCCCAAUAAUCGGUAUCGGCAUCAGCCCCAAAAAAAUCCAUAUCGUUCGGGCCCUACUUAAAAAUAGUCAGUAAAAAAAUAAAUACAGAGCAGUCCUAUGAUAUUUGCUUAUAAAAUGUGCACAUGGUCAUAUUGUACAAUUAUAGGAAAAAUAUUAACUGAUGAAUCUGUAAAACUUAAAAAAGAGAAUGUAGUCGCUGCUUAACCUUAAAAUGAUGGACCUGCUACAUAAAGCGAGCACAUGCAGACUAUAUUUCUGUACAGUCUGGACUCUGCACAAGCUGUCAGUGGCGGUUGUUUCAUCAAAAUUUCCUGAUGCCUCGACUCAGCCUUUAGAUGUCACUCUUUCUAUUUUAAAAUCAUACGCUCCCGUUUCACAGUGUCUUGGUUAUAAAUUUGCCCUUCCCUUCAUCCUAAUGGUUUUGUGGUUCGUCCACUUGGAGCUGACUUGGGCUGUUUUGAACGCCAUGUCAACAGAGUAUAUCUGGACCGAACCAAGAUACCCAAAUGUUCGCUUGUAAUAAUUCUAUUUACUGCUUCGGUUUUAGGAACAUGUCCCCUCUGCCCUGCUCAUGUAACAGCUCUUAUUAUGGACAGGAAACAAAUGACUCACAGUUCUCUGUAAAAUCACAGGUUGGUGAGAGACAUGUCUGACCUUCAUGCAAUGAUCAGGAUUGUGAAUGUCAAAGUCAAAGCACACGGUGUGGGAUUCUCAUGUUAAACACACAGCUAUCUGUGCUUUUCAAUUCAUUGUACCCUCUGAGGAAUGCCAAGCCUACACGUGUGCUUGUUUCUAUUUAUCUGUGUUGGGGGUGGGUCUUCAUUUGUGACCUGAAUACCUCAGCGGGUGAGCUUUUGAAUGUCCUCCAAACGCUUGUGUAUGUCCUCCAUGGAGUAGUGUUUGUGUGUGUGUGUGUGCGUGUGUGUGUGUUUUUAGGCACUUGGCUGGUCGAAUGAAAUAUUCAUGGUGGCAUGGUGGGAUUGGCUGCUGAGCAAAGAGCGGGCUGACAGGGUAAAGCAGAGCAGUGUGCGUUUUGAAGCUCCCUCUCUCUCUCCCUCUCUCUCUCUUCUUUUCUCAGUAUAAAGAGAUGAGCGGAGGAUGAGGGAACAUACAAGUGCGACAGUGUCUCUGUUAGCGCUUUAGCUCACACACACCUUCUACGGCAGAGAUAACCGACAAAAAAACAAAAAGGAACUGGCGAACGUCCCUGCUCAUUUGCUUUGAUGUUUUAGUCUAAAUGGAGGAACUGAGCGAAGGGGAGCAUGUGCUUACGGUACGUCUGGUCCUGUGUGCGUGUGUGUGUGUGUGUGGUUUUCUGUGUAUUGGACUGUCGUGUCUGCACCUCAUCAGGAUCAAGUGGCUCUGUUUGUGUAGUGGUAUUGGUGUGGUGUUGAAUUUGUACUGGUUUGUACCCUUUUGUUCUCUUCUAACACAGCAGAGUGGUGAUCUUUGCUAAUGAAUGAGGCAGGUGGUCAGUAUAUUUGAUCAGAGAGGCAGAAGCAGAGGUGUUAGAAAUGUAGGGUUGGAGGUAAUGUGAGAGACUGGGGUUAGUAGCUGUUGCCUCAUCGGACAUGCCUCAUGAAAUGGAAACGUUUCCUUUCCACUCUUUGAUCGCUUCAGGGAACAGGAGGGGAGAGGGAAGACGCAGACACAGUUAUGGCUGCUUGUAAGAGCGGGACAAGGAGAACAGGAAGGAAGGAAGAGAGGAGAGAGAGGCAAGGAGUGCCAGGGAGAGGGGGACCAAAUAUUGGUCUGUCAGGGUAGCUGAAUCCAAACAAGGAGCUCAGUGUCACUACAGAUUAUGUGUAGGCUUUGUGAUGGGCGAAACGAAAUUAAAUACAUAUUUUCAGUCAGUGGGGCUUGUUGCAGAAAGUGCAGGUCUGUUGUAUGGGGGGGUUGUAGCAAUGAGCUCAGUGGUGCUCUUAUAGAGACCAGUAUGUGGGUGACAAUUUCCAGUUUUAUGUCUGCAAAGUUUUGGCAGCGAUUCUUACAUCCCUGGCAGUCGAAAUUCAUUUCAAACUGUGCGUACUGUAAAAUCAAAAAACACAAGUCGAGCCUUGUUCAGAUGCACUGUUGCUCCAGACAAACUAGAUGUAUGAAUAGCUAGCAAGCAAAACAUGUUAUCUAAUCAAAUUAUAUGAUUGUUUGUUUUGAGGUUUGUCUUUCAGUUCCUGGUAAGCAUCACUGGAUGCUUUUGCCUUACUGGAAACUGUUAUGCCCAUAAUAUACCCAUAGAUUUUGUCUGUGUCUGCUAUAAUUGUUAGCCCUAACAGAUCAAUGUGUGACUGCUCAUUUUAUAUCUGCUGCACUGUUAGUUUUAUGUGUCUAUCGAUGUGACUGCUGGUCUGUGUUUGCUAUAACUGUAGUUUCCAAGUCUGUUUUACAGUUUUGUAUCAUAUACCUCAUUUCCAGAAGGCUAACCUGAGUGAAGGCCUGCAAAUUAGCCAUACCAAGACGUCCUUACAUUGGUUGUUAUUUAAUUACAUGCAACAAUGCCUGUCAAACUAAUAAGUAAAUAAUAAUCUAUACUCUUUUAAUAAAUGAUUCUAGCUUGGUUUGCAUCCAUCUUUAAUCUCUUGGGUGUCAGUCUCUUUUUACUGUUAUCAGACAUAAUUUAAUUGGUAACAUCAUUUAAGAAUAAUUGGCAGUUAAAAAUAUGUCAUCAUGCUAAUCCUUAGUAUUUAAUUGUGCAUUGGCAGUGGGAAAUAUUCACUGAUCUCAAGGGACAGGUCUCUCACUAUGUAACACAUUUCUUACGUCAGUCUUUAUUGAUUGGACCAGGUCCCAGUGAAGCAAGCCUGGCAGGGGACUAAGAUUAGAGGGAACCAGGCCUGUUGGCUUGUUGGACUGUUGGUUGUUUUAUGCAUUGUCUUGUUGGCUGAAGAGGUGUUUGGCUGCUGUUUGGUUUAUUCAUCCCACACAAACCCAGCAGAAGCGAGGUAAACGUGAUUGUUAUUGUGAUGAAGGGCUCUGUUGUCUUAUUGACUCACAACUUUGAGCUUUAGUCAUGUUAACGGUUUUAUCAAGUAGUGGGAUUGGAACAAAAACCAGAAGCAAUAAGUGAUUUUUUUUGUAAUCUGUCAGUACAAAACAGAAUUUGAUAUUACUGGUCCACAAUAAUUUAGUGUGUCCCCCAUAUAUUACAGAUAUUUAGCUUUUUUUGUUCAGCAAAUAAAAUUAAUUAGCCCAUCAUGUUUAGAUAGCACUUGUGUUUUCAACUCUAAUACUUUUUGGAAGUGCAUCUUUGUUUGUCGUCACUAAAAUGCACAAUUUCUAACCAUUAAAUACAUCGAAGACAGUCUGAGCCACCAGCCACCUCCCUAAUUUUUGUGAUACCUGGAUACUUUUAAGUUCUACAAGCAUACAGUUUCUGUUUUUUUAUUUUUACUUUAGGUAAUAGCAAAAAGGUAUGAAGUUUUAAAAAAAAAAGACAGAUCUACAGUUUUUAAUCUGAAGCUGUUGCUAGGGAAAAAAAGAGGUAGCAGUGGUAGUCAAACAACGUAGAAACAAAGUAAAGAGAGAGCACCAGCAGAGAACACAAGGCGGUCAAAUAAAUAAAGAAUUACAGUGUUAUUUUUUGAUUGUUUUAAAGUGGUUUGGCUCUAAAAACAACUUUUUAAAAUAACCACACCUCUGCACAAGCAUGGACAAAAAGUACAGGGCCAUGUUUGUUUGGUGCCAAAGUGUUUUUGUGUGUGUCUCUGCUCUGCUUUCCAUGUUAGCCACCAUGCUCACAACUUUUCUCAUUCACAGAUUAGCAGAUAGAAACCAACAUUUAGUUAGGUUGCUUUUUGUACACACUUUAAGCAGAGGUUUUGUGGUUUGUUGUCAUGUUCAAAGUUGGUUUGCAGAGCUCUCGCUGUCUUGUGGUUGCUCAGUGUCUAGAAAGCAGCCACUGUAUAAAAAGUUAUAGUGUGCUCAUCUCUGCUCCUGUAUGAGCUAAAUGUUUGAAACAAGACCUGCUUGCUGUAUGCGCUUAUUUCCGUUUUUUUUUUAACCACAAUUUAAGGUGACAAUAAUCCUGAUUCCUGACAAUAAAACCAUUUAACUAAUCAUUCUAGCCCAAAAAUGAUUGCAUACGAUGUUUUGUCCACACUGUUAAAGCCUCGGUAAACACUGACAGUUUCCAUACAAGGCUAUCUUCAACUUGAACAUGCCUGUUUUACAUGGAUCAUAGCACAAGCUGUAUGUUAUACUUGGGAAAUCCUUGUGUACACAUGGUAAGCCUCAUGUUUACUCUUAGAGAUUCAUGUGAACCGUAAAUCCCUGUUCUUGGAUACAACCCCGCACUUUGUGAUUUACUUUUGAAGCUGCUAUAAAGGCCAGUGGAAAUCCUUGUAUGCAGACAAACUGACAGUAAUUGCUUUCCAGCUCAUUAUUCCUCAGGGUUGCAGGUUUAGAUAGUGUAUUAGUUUGCAAGACAAGACCGCGUUUAUGAUGAGCACUCUUAAAAGCCUUUUUAUCGCCGUGCAAAUUAGCUGUCUGAACCUAAUACAUCGCUCAACAACACAAUUGGAAGCAUCAGACAUUUACUGUUUUCAUCUCCAGGUCUUCAAAGUUUUCAUGUUUCACUCUUGCAGCUUUUACGUGACUCACACCUUGCAGCAACUUUCUCUAGGUCUUCAGGUGGUGGACAUCCCAUGCUCACUCACUUUUUUGAGGAUGUAACUGCACUAAUGGUAGCUGGGGUCAUUUUGGUCCAGUGUGGGUGGUGUUUAUUGUUAGACUUGUUUGCUGACUGGAGCUAAAAAGUUGGGGACAUUUUAAUAAAUCUGACAAAAAGAGAGUUGGAGAACCACAGUGGUAGGAAAGUGGAUUGGGGUUGGAGGCACAGAACAUCAAAAUGUGAAAUGAAGACUAGAGUGACACUUUGAUGGGGUGCUUGUGCUGCCCACUGCCUUUGAUUGUCAUGUGGAGCCCACUCUCUGCUUUUGUCCCCUCUGAAGUGUACUGGGAAAAGCCAGGCAGGGCUUAUCCUGUAACACACUCCAUGCAUGCUUUCAGUUCUUCUCACCAAAGGUGACGUUAUGUUCCCAUGUGACAUCCAUGGGCUUCUGAUGACAAUUCCCCAUCGUGGUAGACAUCUGUUCUCAGUGGUACAGGAAGCUGGAUGCUUUGAAUCCCAUGAAUAAUUUUUCUGUCAUGUGGCAGCACACACAUCUCAGUGGGCACUGGCUGAGUGUGGACUUACAAGUGUAGAGAGUUGACUGGUUUAAGAUGAUGUCACAGUCAUGUUCGAAAUUAUUGUGUUUAUCCUGCAGUGUAGACAAAGAUCUCUUCAGAGGCCUUUUUAUUUGUAGUUUUAAACAGGUUUGGUGUAGUGUUACUCAUUUAAAAAAUCAUCCUGGAUCCACACAAGAAAAAAAAGAACAGUACUGGACCCAUAUAGGCCAGUUCAGCCCUCUGUACUGUGUAGAUGCUGCCAGGGACACAUCUGCCUUGUAUCAACAGCCCUCUAUUGAUGUCACUAUCUGUUAGCUUUUCUUACCCGGCUGACAUUUUUACUCCUUCCAGGCCCUCCCCAGUGGCACUGCUCCUGCAAAGCUGUGCUUUGUGGGCGUAAUGGCCAAUCACCUCCCAGGCCUGCAGGCUGCUGGUGUGAAUGAGCACUGGUUUAUUUUGGACAAAGCUAUGUGACAGAUUGCAUCAUGGGUUCUUAAUUUGACCCACGCAAUUUGGGGUUGAGGGCACUGCUGAUUGCAACACGUGCAGAUGCCCUCACCAUAUAGGCAUGGCAACAGCAUGCAUUGAAUACAUGUCAAUUAAUGUUUGUACACAAACAAGUGUUUAUAAUGUCAAAUAUCAGAUUUUCUGGACUUGGUAUUUUAAGAAGAUUACAAUUAAGUCCACACUCAUGGAGCAGACAUAGUUUAAAGCUAGCAUUGUGUGCUGUGCUUGUAAACAUAAGUUCAUGUGAUUUCCUGCAGGACUGGAAAUGAGAACAACAGCCAAACUCACUUGUAAACUUUCUUUAUCAGUGAUCACAUUUUUCUAUAAGAAGUCCGGUUUUAUAUCAGACAGUGCUUUAAUCCAUCUCAAAAUAUCUUUUUGAUGGUGUUGAAUAGGGCCCCACCAAUAUGGAUUUUUUGGGGCCGAUACUUAUUAUUAGGGGGGAAACAAAUCCGAUUUCCGAUUAAUCGGCCGAUUUUUAAAAAAUUUUAUUAGGUUAUAAAAAUAUAUAUAUAUACUGUAGAUCUACAGUCUACUUUAUACUGUAGAUAUACUGUAGGCUACCGCUCUUCACGCUGACAAGAAGACCGACUGAUCAAACUCGGACCAGAGAAGCGUUUUCAACUAGCUUGCCUCACCGACAACUCGGCGUGACCGAGACCAGCACAGCGGGGAACAUCCUGAAGUGGGUUGAACUGAAACUUGACUUAUUGUGUAUUUCACAAACUGGUUUAUUUACUGUUGAGGUGGACCACUCUCCUCUGUGCGUCCCUGUUUCAGAUCCAUCACUCUGCUGUGCUGUGUGGUAGUUAGUGGAUGAAGAUUGUCAUUAGGUCACUGCGCCAUCUACAGGAUGAGUUGGGAACUUUUCAAAUGGCGGAACAUUUUCAAAGUGAAACUGAAUCUUAUUCUCCGCAUUUUUUUUCUGAAAAUAUCUGCGAAAAUCAGCAAGUUUUGACCAAUUACAGAUUAGUCUCAAACAAGCUAAAAUUGGCCGAUUUAAUCGGCUCGCCACUAAAUCCGUCAGGCCCUAGUGUUGAACGUUUGAAUCCUUUAGAUUUACUCUAAUACAGAUGGUUGGAGCUGUAAAUAAUUACACUACACUGCAAUCAAAUUUUAAAAAAGCAUAGAUGUAAAUUUUCUGUCCUGAGUGGAUCGAAGCUGAACAUGUUUCAAAUCUGGAACCCAAAAUAGUAUCCAGUGCUUCUACGUCCCUCACAGCCACAAGAAAAAGUCCAGCUUUUGUCAUCCGUGGAGUGCUGUAACUCCAGUUACUAACCAUAAAUUAAUUUCUGUCUGCUCUUCUCCCCGCACUGCAGCGGAAUUAUUACCGCUCCUCAUCAAGGAGCUGUCAGAGAGCAACAUGGCUCAUUAUCAUGCAAAUCCACAGGCUACUGAGACUCAUACAAACACACGCACAUGCACACAGGCUAACGAGUGCACACACGCAGACACAAUCGCAUCUGUCAUCUUUGGUUUUAGGUGGGGCUCUUUACAGGAGACUGAUCAUGGUAAUAUCAGUGUGGGAAUCUGAAUGUCAUUGGAGACAUAUUCAUAGUUGUAAAGCAGUAAUGACAAAGGCCGAGCAGGGAAUGGAUGGAGAGUGCGUGCUUUCCAUCCGAAUGAAACUUCAGUGAAGUCGAACAGGAAAAGCGACUGGUACAAAGAAAGCCCCUGAUAUUGUCAAUGAAUCAUGUAUCCUUGUGAAAAUGUGGCUCACAACAUCAUCCUUUGUUUCCACUCUCUUUUUACUUACCAGCAGUGGCUUUCAGCGAUUGGUUCAGGCACAUGAAAGGAUCUUCCAAUUGGGGAUUGUGUUGCAUCAAAGUGUUUGGCAGCAGCACAGCAGAUUUGUAGUUGUUGACAGGAAGGAUUUUGAUCUGAGUGUAUGGUCUGUAUGAGAAACUGUAUAUACUGGGUAUUUAUAAAGUGUGUGCCAUUGAGUGUUUAGAACUCAGUCCAGACUUUUAGUGAUACAUUUACGUUCAGGGGAUCCACAGUCUUCAGUUUAACCUUACCUGCUCUGCAAUCACAUGUCAAAGGAACUACAAGAUGCAGUCAGAGGAAUAAGGCCUGUUUUCAUCAGUAAUAUAGAGGCAGCACUAGCUCAGUGUGUACAUAUUGAGUGUUGAUUGAGAGGGCUGGUGGUUGUAUUGAUUAAGGUGGUUUGAUUGUUUUUUCAAUAUUUUUAUUAUUAUCAUGAUUUUGGCCUGAAGCAAUAUGGUGUCAAAUGCUGUAUUCAGGACCAGCAGGGUCCUCUCCCGGCACAUCUAGUUCUGUUUUUGGCCACCACGCUGCUGUAAUUGGAGACCCUGGCUGCCUUACAUGUUAAAGCACUCAAGGGCAGGAGUCAGGGGACCACUAAUAGCAUGGUUGGUAAUUGGACAAAACCAGAUUUUGUUAAAGGAGGUUCAAGAUUUUAGUUUGUGUGUGUGUAGAAUGUGUGUGUUUGUGUUUAUGUGUGUUGACUUCCACUUUAGAGAGUCAAACUGAGCAGAGUUUUUCAAUUCUUCUAGUGCUUGUUUAGUGUAAAGGUGAGAGUUUUGGCUGAACAGGGGUCAAAUGUUUGAGCUAUGUAAGGGAGAGUCCCUUUUGAAUGUAGAUUGUUACAGUUGUAACAGGACUUGUUUCUACCACCAUUAUCAAAAAAAAUUACAAAGAAACAUCACCUAGAUUUGUUCAUUUGGCACUUUUAAUGGUCGUUAGAAAAUCAAUUUACUUCAAAUGAUGGUUUUAGUUGGAAAAACACUUCUGUUCAUUAUUUGUUAAAUCAAAUGUUCCCCACCAGUUAGCAUAGUUAUUUUAGCAAUGCUACAACUCGUAUUCUUCACUUUCUGUUUAAUGACAGUUUAUUAUUUUCUCAGUCAGUCAUUUACUGAGUAUGAAAAUAAUGCCACUCUCUUUUAUUGAUGAUGGUUCAAGUUAAAGCUCGGGACAGAGGACUGACUGUGAUACAGGGUUCUUAGAUCACUGUUUCAAGGCUUUAAUUUGAUCAAAUAUUCAUAAUAUGCACUUUUGCUGUUAUGUGCCCUGACAGCUUUGUUUCUUUGUGUCUUUGUUUUUCCAUCGCAAUAAUAUCAGGUUAAUUAUUUUCUCUCAGCUUACCCCCUUUUUUUAAUGAAUACAACUCGCUUGCAGGUGUUGUUAUCAAACUUUUAUGGAAGGACCAUAAAAGUGAAUUUAAUUUUCAAUGUGAUCUCAUUAGUUGAUGAUAAGCUCUCAUAACACUUCAGUUACACAUUGUUGUGAAAGGUUGUGAAAUGAAACUAUUAGCUCUCACUUAGACAAAUGCUGUUAGCAUGUACUCUGCCAAGUCAAACCUGUCAGUGUAUGUUACUUUUCUUCUUCAUUAUACUUCCAUUUACCACUUACUUUCUUCAAUCGAUUAUGUUUUUAAGAUUUUUAAUGAGCUGUUUAUUUAAGUUGUGAGAUAAUGUUACAAACCAAAGGUCCUUUUUUAUUUUACUCCCACGCUUAAACCCAGAGCGAUUGAUGGAUUUUGAAUGCAAGUGAUUGACCUGUGAUUGAACCUUUAGUUUAAUUUGCACAGGGAAGUAAGUAACUUUAGUAGGGCCCGACCGAUAUGGAUUUUUUGGGGCCGAGGCCGAUACCAGUGCACAUUUCCGGUGCGGUCUCAUCUGGAGACUGCCUCAGUAAGAGAAGUAGCUUGAUCACAUAAUGUGUACUGUUGUUUAUUCUACCGUUACUGGUACGGCUAACAGUGUAGUAAGGCUAAUAGCAGAUGGCUAACUCUAACUUUAGCUCGCAUAUUACAUGGUGCUUCACCGUUAACUCGGCGUGACUGAGACCAGCACAGCGGGAAAUAUCGUAAAGUAGGUUGAACUGAAAUUUGUUGACUUAUUGUCUAUUUCACAAACUGGUUAAUUUACCGUUGAGGUGGACCACUCUCCUCUGUGUGUCCCUGAGCUGCCUGCUUCAGAUCUGUCACUUUGCUGUGCUGUGAGGUAGUUAGUGGAUGAAGAUUGUCAUGAGGUCGCUGCGCCAUCUACAGGAUAAGUUGGAGAACUUUUCAAAUGGUGGAACAUUUUUGAAGUGAAACCGAAUCUUAUUCUCCGCAUUUUAUUUCUGAAAAUAUCGGCAACAAUCUGCGAGUUUUGGCCGAUUACCGAUUAGUCUCAAACGGGCUAAAAUUGGCCGAUUUAAUUGGCUUGCCGAUAAAUCAGUCGGGCCCUAAACUUUAGUGGUAAAAUAUAUGACCACUGGCUUUAUUCUCUGUUGUCAAAGACCCCACAGAGGAGAAAGUGGAGAGUGAUGUUUUCCUGAUGCUAUUUAACAGCUAAGCCAUUGUUGUAAGCCCACAUACAAGACCCUCAAAUAACUGCAUCUAAAUACAUUUGUAAUCAUGAACUCACAUGUUUUAAUAGACAGGGUGGAUCUGACAUUGUCACACUACUGAUACACUAAUUUUACGUGUCAUAUGUGACACAAUAAAUCGAUAAUUACCAUCCUACCAGCCGGCUAGCCCACUGGCUUAUGUGCUAACUUGUUUUGUUUUGUACUCCUUGGAGGGAGGUCUGGGUUCUUCACAAGGUUUGAAGUUGUCCCCCCUUUGCUCUGUGCUGUUGCUGUAUGGAUUUUGACAAGUCACUUAGUUCCCUUUUAGAGUUGGCUCUGUCAGCAAAGUUAUCACACAGAGGACUCCGCCAGUGGGGGUGAUAAAACCAGCACAAGGUGUAAAGUUAUUCUUUCGGAAAAUGACUCACUAUUGUCUAGGCGAUCGGCAUGUUGGGGCGGAGGCAUUGCUUUUCUCUUGAUGGAAGUUGUGACUCAUGCUGUACAGGUGAGAAUGACUGAUAGGUGCUCAUCUCCCUGGGCACUGACACUCUGAUAUGCCCUCUUUGCUGAUACUGCCACCUUGUGGAGAUGCAGGUCAUAAUAUCUCACCUUCUCAGUCUGGAAAAAUGCUGCUGGUCUCAGUCACUUAACAUCAGAGCCACACUGUUCCCUUCGACCUACAUUAAGAUCCAAAUGUCAGUAAAUUCUAUUACCGUUCUGUUUAGAGUAAAAGUAGCCAAAUUUAGAUUCUGUGUAUGGCUCAAUUGAUUGACAGGCAGCACACUGUACCUACUAGCAAGGAAGCUAAAUGCCAGCUUCUACUCUACUUCUUUGAGGUCAUCUGAAAGUUGAUUGGAUCAGCAUUUCUGAUUUAGUAACCACUGUGUAGAUGCUUCAAAACUCUGCUUCAGAAACCAAAGAGGGCCAUUACUGAGAUGACAGACAAGUUUGACACAUUGUCUGAUUUGUACUGAUCACAACCUAACAAAGCUGUGAUUAGUGCAAGGUAUUCUGCUUUGUGGUUUCUUUUACUGGAGCUUGAAAGAUUUGGUGUCCUUUCUCCGCACUGUUAAUAUCGUACAUCCCUCUGAGACGUACAGUCCCACAUCAUCUGUCUCUGUCUCUUGCCAUACCUGUUGAGAGGGAUGAUGCAGUAAACACAGCAACAUCAAGCAACAAGAUUAUUUUCAUGCACAGUAAGCUUGUAGAGAAGUCGAGUAAUAUUAUUCCCCAGUCUAGGAAACAAUAACUGGAGAUGUAUGAGAAAUGGAAAUCAGGCAGACUGUGGUCGUGUUUAUAAAUGGGAAUAAAACCAAAAUAUAUAUCAUCUAAGGAAAACAUGAUCCUCAUGAAUAUUUGUGUUUGUCUUUCCCUCCUGUUUUCUAUCCUCUCCUCUCUUUACUCUCAUUAAAGGGUCUAGAUGAGGAGGCAUUAGUCGACCAUGGGAAAUCCAGCUUUACCACCCACACAAACUACGAGGGAGACGAUUUGGAAAGUAAGUGUUAAACCUUUUAUUUUUGUAAAUAUUUCCUCAAUGAGCAAAUGGAGUGGAAACACUUGUAUCUUUUGUAUCUCUGUUUAAUAAUUGUUUUAUUUUUAAGCAAAGUCAAAGACACAAAGCUAGAUAAACUUCAAGCACCUUAACCUCAAGAAAAUCUAAGUAACUGAUAUGUCUUGAAAUAAGCUGCACCACAAAUAUAUGCAUCCCCAACAUAUAUCCCUGUGGUGUUAGCUACGUGUCCUUCUGUCCUCCCCCCCCCCCUCCCCCCUCCGACUCAAUGCUCAUCCCUAAUGUGGACCCAUCUCUCUUCAUAUCCCUCAUCCUCCAACAAUAUCUCACACCCCAUGAUCUCUCUACUUUCUGUCCAUCUAAGCUGUCAUUUAUUCAUCCUGUCCAUCCUCUCUCAUCUCAUCUAUUUCCUUUCUCUUCCUCUCACUCAGUCUCAGUUUGUCUCCAUCUGUUCGACUCAUGCGAAUGUCGCUUCUGCCUUCCUCUGAGUGCUGCGUCUCAGUUUCACUCCUGGGUUCCCUCUCAAAUCAAAGAGCGAUGACUCAUCUGUGGAAAAUGACUAUUGGUAGAGAAUGUAGGGCGAAAGUGGGGCGUUUACAUCUCAGAAGAACGGUUCCUGUGUGGCAGUCACAAUAAUGAGGGGAAGUAGAUUAAACAUUGAGGAGGAAUAGAGGGGUGAAAAGUUAAAUGUUUUACUCUGGUUUUCUUCAAGUAGGUUAUCUAGAGCACCCAUACAAAAUGGAGAGAGGCUCUUCAGUCUCAGAUGUUAUCCGAGUUCAAUUUGUAGAUGAGUGGGACUGUGAUACCUUCAUCACUACAUAGAGAAAUAACAUUCCUUCCUCCUAGUUUUCUUCCUCUCUUCAAUUUGAAUGUUUUUGUGUGAAAGAGGGUGUUCAGGAAAAGUGUCUAAUGUGGAACUGCACUCUUUGUUUUCUCCAGGCCACAGAGCCGUCUAUGUAGGAGUCCAUGUUCCUCUUGGACGGGAGAGCAAACGAAGGCAUCGUCACCGGGGACACAAACACCACCGAAAGAAGAGAGAAAAAGACAGCGAGGAGGGGAAGGAUGAUGGAAGAGAAUCUCCUUCUUAUGGUUGUAAAACAUUUCUCAAAUGCCUCUAUUUACUGCUAAUCCAACCAUUUUAUUCUCUUUCCUCUCUUACUCCCCUUCCAUACUGAUAUUCCAUCUCACAGUUUAUGUCUACCUUUAAUAGCCUUCCACUGCUUUUAUUCAUCCGCAGCACUCACCAUGGACAAUAAACAGACACCCUUUGCAAUCCACUUAAGACAGAUCUGGCUCAAACUUGCCCUACUGUUCAGUUUCUUUUAUUGGUGGAGGUUUAACAGUAUUUUAGACAGGUUUUUUUUCAUCAUAAAAUCUAAUAGGUAUUGAUCAUCACUUUUUAACAUGUUGGCAAAACAGUGACUGGGAAGUGAAGUGAGACAAGUCUCCUUUAGACUUGUAAUCACACCUCAUAUAAUGAGGCACAAACUGCCAGGUCUAGGCAUACUGCUCAAGCCCUUUGAAUGUUUCAGAUCUGAACAGUUCUGAAUAAAACAUUCAGCUCUUGAAGGCAUUAAAGGCCACCGACUACCUGCCUCUGACACUGAUUGAAGGCUAUGACAUUUCACUCAAUGGUUGUGUGUAUGUGUGUGCAUUUGUGUGCGACUUUGCUGAAUCAUCCUGGGCCACAAGACCCACAAACAGUGCUGGAAGAGCUAUGAGGGUUUAGAUAACACAAUCAAGGUUGAAGCAUCUUAGUUUAUAAGUCACAUAUUCUUAAGCAGCACUUUGCUUAUCUACACAGUUGGACUUAAAUGCCAUAACAGGGCAUUUAAUAACAUAUCCUAGUGAGAAACACCUACACUUUCCUUUCAAGCUGCAGCGCUGGGUGUGAAAAAAGAGUGCUGUGAACUGUACUCAAAUGUUACUCUUUUGCAUGUGAGUUGAUGUUCAGUAGAAGGAUGGUACAUUAAGAUAGAUAUGCAUGUAAAUCAUCCUGCUUAGGUUUUUAAAAUGAUGAAGGUGUGCAGGCUUCUACCUGUCGGACAUAUGAGCUCUUAAAGAAGAAAAGUAUGUCUAUUAGGGUUACAUGCUAAUAUAAGUCAAAUUAUCGAUAGUACAGCUGAUUUUCUAGUUUCCAACCCCUAAUUUAACUUAAAGGGAUAUUCCGGCGCUGAAUUAAUUUAGGGUCAAACACACCGUAACACCAAGUUAGACACCCCCUCGAGAGAUGAAUGUUGCCGACCACUUGCUUCUCUAGUUAUACCAACUUUCGUAACAAAUGAACGAUAGCAAUAUACAGCAGUCUGAGGAGCCAUAAGCAAACCUCAACUAAAACGUCACUCUAUAGCUACAAAUAAUGCUCAGAACACCACCUGGCUUCAUCAACAGUACAUAUACAGUCCCAGCCACAGCAUAAGCCACCAAACAUCUUUUUAACUUUGCCUGAUUUCUUUAGCAAAGAGACUAGACACAACUCACCUACACUCUUCCAGCAGUCGCUUGUUUGUAGCGAGACCUCGGGCCAGUCCAUUAUGGACUGCUGCGGGGUUACGCAGCUCAAGGAAGAACAUUUAUGGAAAUGCAAUCAGACCAAGACGCUUAGGCAGAAGAACUACCGCAUCUGCAGUGCAAAAUUAUUAAUGUUACUUCAAGGAAAUGAUAAAGUAAUGAUCAUAAAUGCACUGUCUUACUGUAAAUAGAAUUACAUCAGGGCCAGUUGUACUCAUUUUUAUGUUUUAUUUAAUUAAAACUUAUCUUGUUUUUGUAGUCUAUUUUGUUUUGAAGCUCUUCUCUCUAUCAAAAUAAUUAUUCUCCUAUUUGUGUAUCGAAAAAUCUAUCUUCAGGGUUCGGAAAAUAGUUAUUAGUUAUAAUAUUGGUUACAGAGUAGAACAUACGCCAAGGUAUAGGUGUGAAGUACUUGACGACAGCCAGCAGAUCAGUACGAAGUGAGCUCAUACAGAUACACACCAGACCUCCACCCAGUGUGCCCAUGUGUGUUUGUUGAAAAUAAAACUCCCUUUUUAUGUCCAGUCAUUUCAUUUCUGCCCUCCUGUGGUGUUCAGUCUUGUAUUCUGUUUCUGAUCCCUCCCUGGUUUCAGAUGGUGUAAAAUCUGCACUGAUAUUCUAUAAGACUUCAAAAAUUGCUGGAAGGCACUGAAGAUUUUUAUUAUUCCCUCUUGCUCUUCUCUGCUCAAGAUUUGUCAUCAUCAAGCAUUCAGAUGUAUUUCUUGUGUAGCCGAAUGAGAAGCAGUUUUUUUUUUUUUUGAAAAGGGUGCAAUAAAAAUUAUUACAAUAUAUCUCUCAGGCUUCAGAAGCCAUUAGUGAAGUCCUGCCAGACAGCCAGACGCACACUUUCUCAAACAGAUUUCAGAGUAUUAUGUUUCAUCCCACAAAAGUCUUGUUUCAUUAUGCACAGAUUUAAUACUGGCCUCUUUUUCAUUCAUCUGCAGAUAGCAUGUCGCACGUUGACCAGCUUUUUGUCCUCUUUAUCUCCACUUUCACUCGCACAUUACUGUGUUUCAUGGCCUGUUACUGCCCCCUAUAGAUCAUCAUUACUGUGACUCUAUUAGCUAGAUGGAUUGUUCCCCCAUUGAGUAUGUGUGACUCAUGAUUAGUAUUGAAAUACGGCUAAAAUGACCUUUGGCCUUUUCCCCCCUCUUUGUGCAGACACACCAUCCCAGCGGGUCCAGUUCAUCCUGGGUACAGAGGACGAUGACCUGGAGCAUGUCCCCCACGAUCUUUUCACUGAGCUGGAUGAGCUCUCCUUCAGAGACGGUGAUGCCACUGAAUGGAGGGAGACUGCCAGGUCAGAAAAGAACAUUUUUGUGACAUUUAGCUCUACGGCAAAAGUAAACCUACAGUCCUGAUUAGGUGCUUUUUAAAUUAAUUAGUCAUAUUUAACUGCGACUAGGCUUGCACCUGUAUAAAAGGUAGAGUAGACUCUUUUACUUCCUAGAAUAGGGUCAUUUGAACAUUAUGUUUAUGCAAAUGUGACUUUUUUGUUUCUGUUUUUUAAAUUCAAGUUCUUAGAAGGGAAUAAUUGUCUAAAUUAUUGUUAGUUUUUGUAGAAAUGUUCAUGCAGCCUCUAAAUCUGCGCUCUUUCACUUCUUCUUUUUCUUAAAACAGUCUCCCCUGCAGCUCUGAAUAGACGCAUGCUCUGCUUGUACUUAGCCUCAGGUCACAAAACUUCAACAAGGAAACUUUACUAAGAAGUUAGAGUUGGCGUGGAUAUCAGAGUUUAUGUUCAGUAAAAGAAUACAUUUUAAGGAAUAAUGCUUUUGUACACUUACUGAAACUGAUUCAUGAACAUUUCAAAGAAGUCUUGUUUAGAUUGAGAAACUUCUCCUUCAAGUGUAAUGCAUCUUUUUUUGUGUGUAUUGUGCUGUUUUUGUGCAGGUGGUUGAAGUUUGAAGAGGAUGUAGAAGAUGGUGGGGAAAGGUGGAGUAAACCCUACGUGGCGACAUUGUCACUACACAGCUUAUUUGAGCUGAGAAGCUGCAUACUCAAUGGCACAGUCAUGCUGGAUAUGAGGGCCAACAGUAUUGAGGAAAUUGCAGGUAACAUAGGAUGAUGUUUUGGUGUUUUCGGACUAUUUCUGCUGCAUUUUGAUGUAGCUCCGUGUUAAACAGCACUUGAAAAUUUGAGGAAACAAACACUCACAACCCCAAGUAUCUAAUUUUUAGUUAUCUCCCUUUCAUGCUUUCCCUUUGUACCGCCCAGACAUGGUGAUCGACAGUAUGGUGGCCUCAGGUCAGCUGAGGGAUGAUUUGCGCGACAAGGUGCGUGAAGCCAUGCUGAAGAAACACCACCACCAGAACGAGAGGAAGCUCAGCAAUCGUAUCCCUCUGGUGCGCUCCAUUGCUGACAUAGGCAAGAAACACUCUGACCCACUCUUGCUUGAAAGAAACGGUGAGAUCCCACGGUGCGCUCGAAUUUCUUUUUCCUCCAUAUUUUCCACCACCGGGGAGCUGUUCCUAAAAAAUCCACUGUUCAAAUCCCUCAAUGCCAGCGUAGAAGGUGGAUGGUAAAAGUGAGUAAAAAAAUCUAGAGAAUGAUCUACAUUGAAGCAGUCUUCCCCUUAGUGAAAGAGAAAUCUGGGUGCUAGUGACUGUGCUAACCUGUAUGGCUGGCCUGGCUUGGGGUUUGAAUUAAUGGUUGUUUUUACUCCAUAGGGUGACACUCAGGAAAUAUUGCUUUACCUGCAACUGGAGUCAGCACUGUUUGUUUUUUUUGACUGGGCAUGCCCGCAGUGGUGUUAAUGUAUGGUGUGCAUUUAUGAUCUUCAAAGUCCUCAGAAUGACAAAAAAAAGUCAAAAUCUCCACAUUUGAUGCUUGUGUUUCUGCCGAGCUUGCAUUUUCAUAUCAUUAAACCUCAAACACGGGUGCGAAAGGUCAAACGUAUAUGAAUUCCACAUUGAUGGGUGGUGAUGGUAAUAGUUUUAAUGUGACGACAGAUGAAUGUCCUGUGUCAAACAAGUAUGCGUGUGUAGGAUUUCUGACUGAUCUGUUGUUGUUGUUGUUGAGCACAUGUUUGCUUACAGCGCACUGACAUCGUGCUAACUCAUCCUCUCCUGCAUGCAGGCCUCUCUGAACUCUGAGCUCUGCUUUACCUCAGUCUUGUUGUGUGAUUGGUUUGGAGUUGAAUGAGAAGUUAUCUGGCCCUUGUGGACUCCUCCUACAUGCCUCACUGAAUCACUCUCAGUGUCUUCUGCACACAGCCAUGCUUUCGCUCACGUUUAUGCAAGCACGAUUCUCUAUAACUACACCUCCGCCACGCUCUUGCUGCCCACCCCUUCCGGCUGUGUACCCCUCCAGAUACCAUCUCUGUGAUGUACUCCUACUUCAUAUGAUUUUCCUCUCUGCUCCAUCCCUUAUUCCUUUCCCUCCUUUUCUCUCUCCCUUUUCUUCUCCUCUUUGUGCAUUUGUUUCCUCUGUUAGGAGAGGGCCUGUCCUCUUCACGUCUCUCUCUCCACAAGCCGGGGGCAGCCUCCUCUGUCUCCAACCUCUACCAGAGACAAGAGUCCAAGGUCUCCGUCCUGCUCAACCAUCUCCUGCCCUCUUCCUCCAACACUGGGCCCUCCUUUGGCUCAUCCACCCCCACCACCCCUCUAAGUACCCCCACUCCCUCCCGUUCCCUCGGCGCAGGCCCUGGCCCUCAAGGUAUCCCUGAGGUGGUGGUAUCUCCUCCCGAGGAUGACGACCCUCACAACUCUGCGGAGGACGAGGCAGUGUCACCACAGCUCGGCCGGAGAACAUCCUCGGCAUCCCACGGUUUCGAGCUGCUGCCCUUAGAAGGCAAAUAUCAGUGUAGCCUGCCAGUGUGAGUCACGGCUUGAACAGAGAACACUAGCACUAGCAUGAAAGCUCUGCUUCCUCUUAACUUCCAGCCCUCCCCACCUGCGGCCAUUUCAUUAAUUACUCACAGCAAGGCUCACAGGCUAAGAUGCUCCUUCUUCUGUUUUGAUUCACUAAAUUUUUCCAACCUCUCUUUCGCCGCCUCAUGAUCCCUCCUUUUUUUAAAACCUGUUCCGCUCACUGAUCCUUCUCUACUAACAUUUUCCUGCAUAUUAAACUCUCUACACCUCUCUCUGCCAUUAAACCAUUCUCAGUCUCUUCCUUACACAUUUUCAAGAAGUUCCUUAGCAUCUGUGCCUUGCUCGGCACCGUUUCACACCUUCAUUGUAGUUGCAUGGCUGCCUCCCUCGAUAUUUUGGUAUGUCUUCGCCCCAAAUGCAUCACAUUUAUAGUAAAGUUUUAUUUCCACUUACAAACCCAUCCCACAUGUCUUGAUUUAUGGAUUUAGGACCGGUUUGAAAGGGUGUCCCACUUGUGUUAAUUUUAAUUCUCGUCCUGGAUCACAGUCUGAGUCGCUGAGUCUUGAGUCUUGCCUAUGAGUGAGCCAAAACCUUUAUUUUAAGGGGCCUCACUCAGAGUGUGUUAAAGCUUGACAAAAAGAAGAAAAACUAUAUUACUUCUUAGUUGUCAUUAAACAUAUUUGCUACUCUUGUAUUAAAGUAUUGACAGAAUUAGAAAUUCACCCUCCUCGAUGUGAAUCAUGAUCACUAAUGUGCUCUUAGAGGAGUAAUAGAGUGCACCUGUAAAAUGUGGCCUAGAUUUUUUCUUUAGUUCUGCUGCACACGCACCACUUCAGUGUGGAUUUUAUUAGCUGGAAACUGCAAGGUGCUCAUUAAAUUUUGUGGCCCUCUGCUGUUCACUGUGUUCCUAGAAAUAGGUUUCUUCUGUGUGGCCCUUUUUAUGGGUGCAGCACAUUGAGAACAAAACUAAUGUUGAUGCAAAGAACUGAGAGUUCGGGGGUUUCUAACCCUGGAGUAUUGUGAAGUUUAAAAAUAGGCCUUGUUCUUAGAUGUAUUUAAUGUCUUAUUACAAGAUAGUUUCAUACCCUUUUAUCUCUGAGCGUUUUAUCCCCAUGUGACUCCCCUAUUUGAAGUAUAAACAGAUAUUAAUAUGUGGCAACUUGUGUUUUCCAUCCCAUCAUUUGGCACCCAUGCGCUUCCCUUCCCCCUCAACAAUUCCUAAGUAUAAACAUUCUUUUACCCGAUAGAGCGAGGUGGUGAGGGCAGCUUGUGCCAGUAACAUGGCUAAAUAUAAGCCAGAGACCAUGGAGGCUGUUUCGCACUGUAUGUACUGUCAUAUUGGCAACUACAGCAAUUUUUCCUUCCUCUCAAACCAACCCUAGUUGGCUUAUUAUUAGACUGGGUCUGCGUGUGAAUGUGUGAUUAUGUGUUUGUUUCACUGUGGGAAUCGCUCCGUUUCAAAGUACGGACCAUUAGUACCAGCAGUCACUUGGUGGGAGCUGAAUUGAAAAGGUUGGGAUGGUCUGAUUAUAGCCGAGAAGCUUUUGUAAUUGUACCCCAGAAAUUCUCAAGAGGCAAGCACUUUGACACCAGAGUGUGGGUCAUUACUCAGAAGGGGGCUUCGAGCCUUCAUUAUUACACUUAAAUAACAGCCAAGGUUGUAAUAUCUGCACUGGAGCGACAUUGAUUUUGAACAGCGAUUGGUCUAACAUUUUAUUGUACAGAGAAAUGAAGUUGAACGCUCAAAUUGCCUUUUGUUUGUCAGUCGGAUUAACUAUCAGGAUGCCAGUAAUGGAUGAGUUUAAGGGUUAAUCGAUGUUUAAACAUUUUCCUGCAGUUUUUAGACAUGUAUUCUGUAACCAUUGAGGCUGUUUGUUCACACGUGUUAACAUUUUCUCCAUCAAGUAUGAGGUCAUUGAAGAAACACCUGUACUCAGGGCAUGUAGAGAAUCUUGCUCUUGUUAAUCUCCACUCUUAAGACAAUCCAAGUUGUCAACAUCUUGUUGCCAUUUAACCUGAAAUGAGCUUGUUCUGGUAUUAAUUGAACGUGUACUAUUUAAACAAGAAGGAAAAAUGUUGCAUCAAUUAAUAUGAACCCUGCAUGUAAACAACUACAGGUAAUCUUUCUCAUAACAGCAUAAUUACCAGCACUAGACUAAACUCAGAAAACACCAAGAUUUCUGCAAAGCUGCUCCAAUCGCAUAAACUUGGAUCAUCCUCUUUCUACCAGAAAUAUCCCAGAGCCUAUAGCUCGACAUAAGAGUCAGAUUAUCUUUAAAUUCAGUUAUUUAUGUUUGUGUUUGCAUAUAAAUAAGUCAGCGCUGUGACGCCACUCUUUAAACGGAGGGUACGGGGGAGCAUUCCAGGGCUUAGCCUUCCUGAAUGAAGUGUGUUGGCGGGCGCAACCCAGGCUAAUCCCUCCCUUAUUCCAAGAGGCUUUGUCGGGUAUGUGAGCAAUCAUGCUCCUGUUCAGCAGUCACAACUACCCAGCAUACACUGGGGUUACUUCAGGGUACAGUUCAAGGGUCCACAUCACUGGCCAAACCUUUUGCAAGUCGAAAUGACAUACUUUUAUUUGAUAUGGGAUUUAAAAGAGGCUGGUUGUAUAUUUCUAAACUCUAUUUUUACUCUGGAGGUUGGCUUGAUUCUGUCCUGGUGGUGAAAACAGAAUGUGUCAAUGUGAAAAAUGAGAGGAGAAGGAAAACCUGGUAAAAGAAGUGUUACUCUGAAUUUCAGAGGAUAGUAUGCAAUAUGCUAUCCUUGGAUUCAAAAGCAUCACUCCCUCAUUUCAUCUCCCACUCUCAUGUCACCUCAAGUGCUAGCGUUUCCUGGAUCUGGUAUGGCUCAAAUCAAAUAAGCAAACGUUGAAGUGUGUAGCCAAUUAUGCACAGAAAUAAAGCAGAGAGCUGAAGUCUGGGGAAGGUGUACUGUCAGGCAUAUCAAACACAUCCUCUCACCUUAGACUUAAAGCUGACAAUGUUCAGGCUUAGUCGAACUGACUAAAAUGCCAAAAUAAUGAGCCCAACAGACGAGGAGCAAACCAGCAUUUGUCAGAUAGAUCCUGCUCCCUGUGGAGAGACAUCACAGUCUUCCUGCAGCUCUGUAGCAAAUCAACAAAUUUAGCAGGAAUUGGUAUGUUGGUGGGAACUUUUCACUCACAGCAAGUCAUGAGGAAAGAAAGUAGAUCUGUUAACAUUCAGCUACUUAGUGUUUUAGCAGUUUUAAGACAUGUCUGUUGUACAAUGUAGUCAUUGUAGUUCAAUGUCUCAAAGCUCCUGUCGAUAUUAAACAAGAGUGCUUUGGACUUGAAUCAAAAUUUCUUAACUGGUCCAGAGACCAGGUUUGUUUGCUAAUAGCUUGCCUCUGAUUGAAAAAAAAAAAACCCAGAAAUUUCUCAUAGCUGAUGCAGAAACUAACUUUCUUUUGUGUUCUUCAAAAUGAAAACCUGACUAGAGAGAGUUGACAGACAAAUGGUAUCUAAAUAUAACAAUUGGCAUGUCAUGGUGAACCACACAGCUUUCCUAGACCACUCUUUGCUUCCAGCGUACUUACAUGGUGUCCAUUACUGCUUUAUCUCCCCUACCCUUCCCCUCUUCAUGCUCCUCCCAGGACAAAUGGUGUCGCCGAACUCUGUCCCCAACAACCUGGACGGCAACAAGGCGGUGGAGAGGAGGCCGUCCAAAGUAGGGGUCAGUAGAGAAAGCAGCAGUGUCGACUUCAGCAAGGUAACCUAAGCACAGUACUGAGCACAGAACCUGUCCAUCAUUUUGGAGGGGGCUCAUGAGUUCAUCGGCGUCUUCCACAGACUCAGCUGUGAUCUGUGUGGAAAACUGCCUGUAUGACAAGCACCCAUCACAAACCCAUCAGGCCUUUAUUUCUGUUGGGCUCAGUAAAAGGCAUCUUCAGACAUUGAUCCACCUGGGAUGGCCAACGAUUGAUCAUCAAAGUCUUGUACAGUUAUGUAACUGUGUUUGGUUUGAAAAGAUUCCUCCCUCGCAUUGCCCCCAUUCAUCUGACCAUUUUAUGGCUCUUCAUCCAUAUAAAGAAAUGGCAGGCUGCCAUAAGUAGUUAGCAUUAUAAAACCAUUAUGGCUGCCAAAAAAAUAAGGUGCCGUGUUUAUGUGAGUCAGAGGAUCUGAAGGAGGGAUGAACGCACAGCCUUUCUAAACAAGGAUAAAGAAGUUGUCAUGCUCAGAUCUGUUUUUAGAAGAGAACAUAACAGAAAUCUAUUUGGGAAUACAAGAAAUGCCGCACAGCAAUGGACAAUCUCUGCUCAGUACUUUGUAGUUACAUAUGAAGCGUUCAACUCUCAAAGCAUCCAUGUGACCUGCUGCCAUCCCAUGCAUACAUUACACUCAUCCAUGUUUGCAAAUCUGUCUUUUGUACCCUUGUGAGUUGUUCUCUCGUCUUAUUCGUCUGUUUCAUUGAUUUUAUGGGUUUCGUUGGUUUAGGUGGACAUGAAUUUCAUGAAAAAGAUCCCUCCUGGGGCUGAAGCUUCCAAUGUUCUGGUGGGAGAAGUGGACUUCUUGGAGAAGCCCAUAACUGCCUUCGUAAGGCUGUCUCCUGCAGUCCUUAUCACAGGCCUCACAGAGGUGCCCGUGCCCACGAGGUACACUAAUAAGAAAUUGAAAAAUGUCAAGAUAAGCCUUCUAUUAAAAAUGUAGCAGUAAUUCAAACUGUGGCGAGUUAUCACAUAUUGGUAGCAAUUUCAAACGAACUGACAUAGUCAUUUGUAAAAGCCCUGUCAAGUUAUGACUAAUGGAGGGGGCAGGGGUUUAACUCUUUAAGUUCUGUGCCUACCAGCCGUAUCAAUGCUCAUAAACUAAACGCUGUCUGUCAGAAAAGAAUAACUUAGUUUGCUUAAAAACAAAAAGAAAAAUACAUUUUUGCAUUUUGAAAGUAAAUACAAUGAGUUGUGAUUAGUGUUGCGUCUAAUGUCUUUGUCUUGUUCUCAAAGGUUUCUUUUCCUGCUCCUUGGUCCUCACGGCAAAGGGCCACAGUACCAUGAGAUUGGGAGAUCCAUGGCGACACUAAUGACUGAUGAGGUAAAAAAAAAAUGGAGGAGAUAAGAAGAAAAAAAGCUUUAACUUUGAUUUUUUUCAUUGUUUUUUUUUUUGUUUGUUCUUUUGGUUGUGACCAAUCCAGUAUGAUAUCGCUGUUUUGAUAACUGCUGUUGAAUUUGAAUGUGUAGAUCUUUCACGAUGUGGCGUACAAGGCCAAAGAUCGAACAGAUCUGCUCUCGGGGAUAGAUGAGUUCCUCGAUCAAGUGACUGUCCUGCCUCCUGGAGAAUGGGACCCCACUAUCCGCAUUGAGCCUCCAAAGAAUGUCCCAUCUCAGGUUAGACAGUUGCUCUAAAUCCUCCAGGAAUUUGACCUCUUAUGAAUCUGGUGACGGAUACUGUAGCCCAGAGGUUUUUGUUGACUCGACUGAGACUCCCCUGCAUUAUCACAGAGAGGCUGCCCCCUUAUGGACUCAAAGCAUGACUGCAAAGGAAUUUCGAUGGAUGUAAAUGCAUUAUUUUUCAUUUCCUUUGACUCGCAGAUGAAGAGGAAAAGACCGUCCCAGCCUAACGGCACCGCGUCUCCAUCCGGGGAGCUGGAAAAGGAGGAGGACAAUCAUGCAGGACCUGAGCUGCAGAGGACUGGGAGGUGAGUUUGACCAAUCACAGGAUCAUCUGUGAUGUUUUUAUUAUGAUUAAUAAAACUUGUUUAUGCAGUUUUGUCAACCAAGAUAAGAUUGAAGAGCUGGAGGAGGAAAAUUCUGAGUUACUGGGCCUUUUUGUGGUUACAGCACAGAGGAUGUCUAAAAUUGGGUCAACAUGAAUGACAUCAUUGGAAAACAUUUUUACAGUGAAAUGUUUUCCCCUGUUAAGCAAUUACAUUUCAUGCCUGCAGGACUGCAAGAGAGAGUUUAGUGAUAGCCCUAUUUUUAUGUCUCCAUUUCAUCAAACUUGUCUGACGAAAAUGAAGAAAUGUGAAAUUCAUCAAAACCAACACCUCUGUGUGUUUAAGCAGACGUAUGUUUACAGCUCUCUGCGUACCUUACUCGCUGACAUUUAUGACAAACUCAUGCUGCGUCUCCAGAGCCAAGGCCACACAGCAAGGGAAAUGUGUUUAUUCAAAACCUCAGCCAGACACAAAAGCGCACACAUUCACCGCACGAAAUACACAUCAGUUGGGAGGCACUGUAUUAUUUACAGAUUGGCUCGUCUUUAAACUGCUACUAUAAAAGGCUCAUGCUACCUGGGAGCAACUGAGGGGCAGAGGAGUGCAGAAAGCUAAUGGGCAGGAAGCAAAUAGAAACAGGGGCUGUAUAGAAAAGACAUCAGGGCACCGGGAGGCUGGUGAUGGAGGUUAUUCUGGAGGUGUGUGGGAAAUAUAAUAAAGUAGAGACUCACAGCAAGAGCGGUUUGACAGGUGUCGGAAAAAAAGAUGAGGAAUUAUAAGGUGAGAAAUCGAAACCCUCAAAAGCAGAGCAGAGUGAGGAAGACUAAACUGUUUUUCUUUACAGUAUGUGAAUACAGACUGAUUAUGUUUUCUCCUGUAUAAGAGUAUUUUUUUUCCUCUAAACUUUUUAUCACAAUUUUGGAGUUUGAUAUGAAUAAUUCUACACAAAAGGAUGAAUUGCUUCACUAUAAUGGAUCCAACACUGAAAUAAAUGCACCCAGUUGAAAGUUCAGACAUUAAAAAAACUCUUCUCCCUCCCAGGAUAUUCGGAGGUCUGAUCAUGGACAUCAAGCGGAAGCUGCCGUUUUACUGGAGCGACAUCCGGGACUCCUUCAGUCUACAGUGUCUCGCCUCCAUCCUGUUUCUGUACUGCGCCUGUAUGUCCCCUGUCAUCACAUUUGGAGGUCUGCUCGGGGAGGCAACAAAGAGCAACAUAGUGAGUCCACUCAAGAGUUAGCACUUGUGCUUUUUAUGGAUGUUGUGGGAAUUAAAGCCCCUAACUGUGCUUUUCAGACUACUCUACUGAUCCAAAUGAGAUGUAUAAUUUAGGCAUCAGAUUUCAGAAUACAAACUGUCUUUAUAAGUUUUGUACUAAGUACUCUAAUCUUUCAAUAGGAGGUCUUUAUUUGUGGUCUAAAUGGGACAUGAUAUCCCAGCCUCCCACACACUUAUCAAGCUUUUCCAUAAAGUGUCUCCUUGUUCUUGUCACCUGCCUCUUUCUUUCUGGCUCAAUCUCUGCUGAUGUCUUUACCAGGACAGGGACUGUUGGCAUAGGGAUAAUCUGUGCGCUGGUGUGUGUGUGAUGGGUGUGAGUAAAUUCAGCAGGCGAGGGCAAAUCAUAGAUGUGACUUUGGAGAAGUCAGUAGGGUGAAAACUAUCAACCCAGUUUAUCUUGCCUCUGCUUUUGUCCUGGUCGGGCCUCCUCUUCACCUCACCUUUUCCUCCUACAGCCUUUCCCACUCUCUCCCCCUCUGCAUGGUUUCACCUCCUCAUACCGCCCUGUCUCACUCCCUUACUCCUUCCCUUUCAUCUGUGUCUACAGAGUGCCAUUGAGUCUCUGUUUGGGGCUUCACUGACAGGGGUGGCAUACUCCCUCUUCGCAGGCCAGCCUCUCACUAUUCUUGGCAGCACGGGUCCUGUUUUAGUGUUCGAAAAGAUCCUUUUCAAGUUCUGCAAGUAUGUUCAUGCAAGGUUUUCUUGAUUUGACAUUAAAAAUAUUAAAUAAAGCUGAUGAAAUCAUAUUAUACGCACUUUUUUCUGACAUUUAAAUGACAUUUUAAUAAAGUCCAGAUACCUAAUAGGCCCCAAUGUGCUUGAAAAAUAAUCUUUGUCUUCGUUUUUACUUCCCAGCGACUACGGCCUGUCCUACCUGUCGCUGCGGACCAGCAUCGGUCUGUGGACGGCCUUCCUGUGUUUAGUUCUGGUGGCCACCGAUGCCAGCUCCCUAGUCUGCUACAUCACCAGAUUUACAGAGGAGGCUUUCGCUGCGCUCAUCUGCAUAAUCUUCAUCUACGAGGCUCUGGAGAAGCUCUUUCACCUGGGGGAACACUUCCCUGUCAAUAUGCACAACAACUUGGACAACCUUACGCUGUACUCGUGAGUACUCGGAGCUCUUUUAAUGAAAUCACAACAAAGCAAGAGAACGAGCAGUGAUGGCUGUUCAUGCAUUUGUUUAGCAGCAGUUUAGCAUAAACGUCGUGUUUGGAGUGAGUGAUCGCUCAUAUGGGAAUAGAUAAGAAAGCGCUGUUGCUGUCACACAUGAAGACUUAUCUGCAUAUAGAUAAACCUUUUCAGAUAUCUUCAUUUUUUGCACAUUCAGUUUGAGUAGAUUAAAGCAUCAAAUAUGUCAAAGCAUUCAUUUGUGAGGAAUAUUCCUGUGUAAUCUGGGACAAACAUGCUCUCUUUUCUAUACAUCACCUCAGGCAAAGAUGUUAUUUUGGUGUGACAUAAAGACAUAAUAUGUCCUUAUCAUGCUCUGUAAAUAGCAUCCUGUUAAAACAUGCUGCUCGUGUCGCUGAAAACUGUUAUUGUAGAGCCGUCAGUGGUCCCAGUUUGCCCUCCCCUCAGCUGAAAAGAAAAUUAGGCCCUGCUGAAUUAAACAUUUAGAAACAACUGGUGCAAGAAUAAUAACUUCAGCUUGUGUUUUCAAUUAACUUCAGAAUGAACCCACCUUCUUUUCUUUUCUUUUCACAUACAGUCUGUAAUCAUGAUUCCUUCCCGUGUCCACAGGUGUCAUUGCUCUCCCCCUGUCAACGCCUCAGAAGGCCUCAUACAGGAGUGGAAUAAAACAGGACAUACCCCAGACUCAAUCCCAUGGAGCAGCCUCAAUGUUUCUGUAAGACCAGCACACACAGAUCUUUAGUUUCAAAUAUAUCACAUCCAUGCUUGGACUGCAUGUGUUUACAAAGCAAACAUCAGCUAAUCCUACACUGUUUACAUACUCAAAGUAAUCACAGAAAAUAUUGACACACAGGCUCCUCUUACUCCAUUUUUAUUUGCGAAAUAAUAUCAGAUCAGAUGUUCAAUUCCAAUGCUAACCAGAUACCUCUUUGCUUCUAGAUGUGUAAGAUGCUGAAAGGAGAGUUUGUGGGAGAGGCUUGCGGCCAUCACGGGCCUUACAUCCCAGAUGUUCUCUUCUGGUCCAUCAUCCUCUUCUUCACCACCUUCUUCCUCUCCUCUUUCCUCAAGCAGUUCAAGACAGAGAGAUAUUUUCCCACCAAGGUAAGAGGCUACAGGGCCUCAUUAAAGUCGUGUCUGAAAAGGCUGUUUUUUCUGUAUCACUGUGCGUGCAGCCGUGCUUCUCGGACUAUGCAAAUGUAUACAUUGUGCCGUUCAUUAGUAUGCAGGAGCGACCUCAUGUAUAGCAGAAUAAAUCUUCUCUCAUCCUCCCACACAGAGCCAGCUUGUCUGUUAUCACUUGCUGUUCUGUGUAGGCAGGUACUGGUAUUGUCUGUAUUAUUAUGGUAUUACUGUUGACUCAUGUAAUGAUGUCUGCUUUGUAUCUCAGUGGUGACCUCAAAUAAAAAGGCUGUGUGUGUGUAUGUGUUACUAUAGAACAAUGCUAGGCUGCAGUCGUCUUUAAUAAGUGGAUAAAUGUAAUGGUGCUGCUUUUGUGUGUUGGUUGUGUAGGUGCGAUCCACUAUCAGUGACUUUGCCGUCUUUAUCACCAUCAUGAUUAUGGUGCUGGUGGAUUAUCUGAUGGGGAUCCCCUCUCCGAAACUCAACGUCCCUGACCGCUUUGAGGUAGGCAUCUGUUCGACUGUAUCUGCCUUUUUAAAUAUGGAUGAAUGCUCAGAUGAGAUCACACAUCAAUAAAUCAUCUGCAAGGAACUAAUACAGCGAGCCAUGAUCUGAACGCAGCGUUUGGGAAAUAAAACAAGUAGCUGCCCUUCCUCUUACAAAAUCUUAAAUGAAUUUAUGCGCAACAUUUGUAAUGUCGUCCAAUUUUUGCCUUUUCACUGCAGCCGACUUCAAAGAAUCGCGGCUGGCUGAUGGACCCAUUAGGGAGCAAUCCCUGGUGGACGCUGCUGGUGGCAGCACUUCCCGCCCUGCUGUGCACCAUCCUCAUCUUUAUGGACCAGCAGAUCACUGCAGUCAUCAUCAACCGCAAAGAGCACAAGCUUAAGGUCAGAGCAGACCCGUGGAGAUUUUACUUUUCAGCGUGGAGCUACUUAUCAUUUUAAAAAUUCAAGGUAGAAGUGUCUGGAUGUCUUCUCUACUUUUUCCUCCACUUUCUCUGCUUGCUGUAAUAUCCAGCGGUGCAAACUGCAGGUGACAUGGAUCCAUAAAACCCAAAUCACUUUCAUUAAAAGCUCAUUUUUAGCUUCUUUUUUAUCCUUAGUAUCUUUGUCGAAACAGUCCUAUCUCUUCUUUUCUGUCAUCCCUACUUAUUGUUCAGCAACAUAAUCUUUUGCCUGUUUAUCUGCAGAGUUUAUAUCAGAUAAGCUCUUAAAUCUUUCCGCCUUUUUUUAAGAGUAUAUUUAUGCCUUUAGGCUCUGUCGUGAUGCUAUCUUAGAAAUAAACUCAACUGACCCUGAGACUUAAUGAAGCAAAUAUAAGAAACCCACUGUUAAGAAUUAAGUUUCCUUCACAAGACAUAAUCAUGGCUGUUCUCUAGACUCACUUGCUGUCUCUUACCUGCAGAAAGGCUGUGGCUAUCACCUGGACUUGCUGGUCGUGGCGAUCAUGCUGGGUUUGUGCUCCAUCAUGGGCCUCCCGUGGUUCGUGGCGGCGACCGUCCUCUCCAUCUCCCACGUUAACAGUCUGAAGCUAGAAUCCGGCUGCUCCGCUCCCGGUGAACAACCCAAGUUCCUGGGCAUACGGGAGCAGCGGGUCACUGGAUUCAUGAUCUUCGUCCUCAUGGGUUGUUCUGUUUUCAUGACCUCGGUGCUCAAGGUGAGAAACGAAACCCCGGCAGAAAUACAUCCUCAUGUUCUUUAAACCAACCGAAGUCAAUCUCGCUGCUAAUGACUCCCCAGAGGUUGUUGAUGAUAUUUUGCAAAUGUUUUCACAACUCGCGCUUCUUAAUUCGACCUGGAGCUGCAGCGCACACACUCCCUUUCCUCCCCUGUGUGUUGAAUAAUUCAUGCUGUUGUUACACUGUCACUCCGUUUCUGCACCUUACAGUUCAUUCCUAUGCCGGUCCUGUAUGGUGUCUUUCUCUACAUGGGUGUCUCUUCCCUCAAAGGCAUUCAAGUAAGCCUCUCUCUGCUGCUCUUUGAAGAUAAUAUACCCUUUUACUCUGAACAGAAACUGCAGUCAUGAACUGUUACUGGAGAUAAAUUUGCUUCUUCUACUUCCAAACCUUUGAUCGUAAUUCAGAACCCUUGGGGGGCUUUUGUUAAGUGUAUUCCCUCUCCUGAAUAAUGGAUUGAACCCUACCUCCCCCCUCUCUGUCACGCCUUGUCUCUCCAUCCUCACUGAGAUUUUAUUCUUUGCAGUUCUUCGAUAGGAUCAAGCUGUUUGGCAUGCCCGCCAAGCACCAGCCAGACCUGAUCUACUUGCGCUACGUGCCGCUCUGGAAGGUCCACAUCUUCACCCUGGUGCAGCUUACCUGUUUGGUGCUGCUCUGGGUCAUUAAGGCCUCUGCAGCAGCUGUCGUGUUUCCAAUGAUGGUAAUGAGAUAAACACGAGGGAGUGUCAUUUACUGUGACACUUACAAGAUAUGUUAAAGGGAAAUUCAACCACGAACAUUGGCGAUUUUUCCGCCUGAAAACAGAUUUUUUUAGCUGUUAUUAAAAAUAUUCAAAUAAUUUCACACUUUCAAACAAUUUUCAUAUCUUUUAAAGGUAAUAAAGGCAUAUAUUAUAAUAGUUUCCAUCUCUCCUGUUAAAUUAAUGAGAUAUUCUUUCUCUCUGUGUGCCUCCAGGUUCUGGCGUUAGUCUUCAUCCGAAAGCUGCUGGACUUUUUCUUCACGAAGAGAGAGCUGAGCUGGCUGGAUGAUUUGAUGCCGGAGAGCAAGAAGAAGAAAGAAGACGACAAGAAAAAGAAGGCGCGGGAAAAACUGGUGAGUCUUUUUUUUUCCCCCUCACCUUUUUUUGUGAGAAAAUACUACAUUUGCUUUCAUGAACAAAAGGUUGAAUUCACUUUUCUUUUAACAUUUUAAAUUGUUGUGCUGUCAUGACUUAAACCCUAUUACGUAAAAAAUAAAGACGGAUGAGUCAAACUUUGUUCAAAAAAAAGAUAUUUAGAUUUAACUAUUGCCUUAGUUUAACUAUUGAGGACAAAGUAGUCAAAGUCAGUGUCAGAUUCAUGCGCAAAGGUUUCAGGUCAGUGGAGGCUGUUAAAAACCACAGGGGAUGAGUCUGCCUGAAUAAACUGCUUUUAAUUUCAAGAGAUAUUUUCAUUCUAGAAAAUUAGCAGCAGUAAUGGCUAUGCAAGCUUUGCUACAGGAAAGAGAGGAAGUUAACUUUUUUGAUCAUAUUUUAGAGAAAUUAACAUCAGCAGUCCCCUCAUGAGACUCAUAAACGACAAUUGGACAAAAUGAAAAGUAAUAAAAGUCUAAUAAGACGCAGUCUGAGGAAAUAACUGCUAUGAGCUCAUUUAGAUGUUGUAUCCUUGUUGCACUGAGAGCUCUUUGGAGAUAAACACGUCUGACACUAUUUUUAAAACAGGAAGAGAGGACUAGGCUGCAGGAGGAAGAGAUGGGACUAAAGGUCGGCUACGAAAGCCCGAACCAGCUCGACAUCCCGGUGAAAACACUCUCAGGAAGGUGAGUUUAGCACUUUGCGAGGGACACUGUGGUACAAGGCGUCUUUAUACUGUAAAUGAUUAAUGAGCAGGUGUUUCCUGUUUUUAGUUCUUACAAUAAGUGAUUAAAAGCUGUAGUUUUAUGGUGUUUUCAUGAUGGUUUUAUAGACUAAAAGAGCUCCGAAUGGUUACCCUGACAGUGGCCGUCAGCUGUGUGUUAUUAUGUCCAUCUUGAACAGAUCAUACAGAAUAGGACUAGUGACCCACAACCUCCCAAUGGAAGAAGAGGUAGCAGGGCUGUGUGUCUGAUGCAGCACAUCUGACCCACAUGGCUGCGCUCUAACCUCACUGAUACUCGGACAGUCAGCGCAUGGCUCAGACUGUCCUCCCCCCCUCCCCUCUUCAGCUAUUUAAAACCAGAAACACCGGCUUUAAAACACACUGCUUUGUUUGCUGUUGGGUUUUAAUUUGAAAGGUCUGUGAUUCAGUGUUUAACUGACUAAUAAGACGCACAAUCUCAGCUCAUGCUAAAUAACUCUCGCAUCUACUGUCCAUACUUGUCGUACAUUCUCACAUGUGGUCUUAAAUCCGUUUGAAUCUCUGCAUGCUCGUGUCUGCUCGUGUUGAACUGUCCCGCACUCCCUCUGAUUUGACGUCUACUUGCUGUUUUCUCUUUGUGUCCCUUGUGUGUGUGUGUUUGUGUUUGUGCUACCUGCGUGUGCGUGUGUGUGUGUGUGUGAUUGCAUGUUUUUGUAGUUCUGAUUCUGACCCCUUGGUUGUAAAUAUCUCUGAUGAAAUGGCCAAAACCGCAGUGUGGAAAGCAGUGAACUCGAGUGCAGAGUCAUGUGCCCAACCCCAGAAACGUAGCGGAAGGUAGCUAUGCCGACUUCCUGGAGUCCAUCCUCCGAAUUAAUACAAUACAUUAAGUUGAAUUUUUACUUGUUGGAAUCUCUGAUCUUAAGGAUGGAAUAUUACAGUUCAAGUCUGGGUUGGUUUUUAAGUUUUACUUCAUGAAGAAACUUUGAAAAACGCGUUAGCACAGGCUGACAAAUCUGAAAUAGAGCUGUUGCAGUUCAGAGCUGCAUAUUUUAACACAGUGCUGUCAAGGUGCACACAGCUGGAGAAGUGUUUUUUUUCCUAUUGAGCGAAAUCACUCCUCCACCUGACAGAAUCUCACGUUUGCACUUCCCUUCCACCCUUUUGCCUCCCCGUAAAUAUGAGCGAACUCUCACCUUCCCCUCGUCUUCUUCCUCCCUGUGUAUCAGCCAGGAAAAGGUGGCCUGCGUUAGAGUCGACAUCAGCCCGGACACACCAGGAGGAGGCUCUGCUGCCGAGGCCUUCCUGUGA